CCGGUGCCCCCGGCGCUGCGGCAGCAUGAACUGCCUCUCAGAUUUCUUCACCUACGAGACCACCAAGUCGGUGGUGGUGAAGAGCUGGACCAUCGGGCUCAUCAACAGAGCCGUCCAGCUUCUGAUCAUCUCCUACUUCGUGGGGUGGGUUUUCCUGCAUGAGAAGGCAUACCAGGUGCGGGACACGGCCAUCGAGUCCUCGGUGGUGACCAAGGUGAAGGGCUUUGGACGCUAUGCCAACCGGGUCAUGGACGUGUCCGACUACGUCACCCCACCCCAGGGCACCUCUGUCUUCGUCAUCAUCACCAAGAUGAUCGUCACCGAGAACCAGAUGCAGGGCUUCUGCCCAGAGAGUGAGGAGAAGUUCCACUGCGCGGACGACGGCCAGUGUGCGCCGGGGCGCUUCGCGGGCGGGGGCAUCCUCACUGGCCGCUGUGUGAACUACAGCUCUGAGCUGCGCUCCUGCGAGGUCCAGGGUUGGUGCCCCACGGAGGUGGACACGGUGGAGAGGCCCAUCAUGGCGGAGGCGGAGAACUUCACCAUCUUCAUCAAGAACAGCAUCCGCUUCCCGCUCUUCAACUUCGAGAAGGGAAACCUCCUGCCCAACCUGACAGAGAACGACGUGAAGACCUGCCGCUUCCACCCUGCCAGGGCCCCCUUCUGCCCCAUUCUGCGCGUGGGGGACGUGGUCCGGUUCGCAGGCCAGGACUUCGCCAAGCUGGCCCGCACGGGCGGAGUCCUGGGCAUCAAGAUCGGCUGGGUGUGCGACCUGGACAAGGCCUGGGAGCAGUGCAUCCCCAAGUACUCCUUCACGCGGCUGGACGGCGUCUCGGAGAGGAGCAGCGUCUCCCCCGGCUACAACUUCAGGUUCGCCAAGUACUACAAGAUGGAGAACGGUAGUGAGUACCGCACCCUCAUGAAGGCCUUCGGCAUCCGCUUCGACGUGCUGGUGUACGGGAACGCCGGCAAGUUCAACAUCAUCCCCACCAUCAUCAGCUCCGUGGCGGCCUUCACCUCCGUGGGAGUGGGGACCGUGCUGUGUGACAUCAUCUUGCUCAACUUCCUCAAAGGCGCUGACCAGUACAAGGCCAAGAAGUUUGAGGAGGUGAACGAGUCCAUGCUGAGGGUCCCCAACCCCCUGGACCAGGCCACGGCGGAGAAGCAGUCCACAGACUCAGGCGCCUACUCCAUCGGCCACUAGGGCGGCGCUCUGCGGCCCACACGCACCCUGGGCCCUGGGUCUCCCAAGAGGGGGCCCUGCAGGGAAGGGGCCUUGGGAGGUUUCUGGACUCGAGUGUCCAGGCCCCUCCCCCAACUCCCCGUCACCCCCGCAUGCCCCCCCCACCUCCCAGGACCCCCAGGGGCAGCACUGUGCUGUCCGUUCCAAAGAACAGAGAUAAUAAUCAGAGGACAAGUGCCCACGAGGGUCUCCGCGUGCGGGCAGGCACAUGGCCCGAUCUCCUGUAACCCUGAGAAUAGCCCUGCCUGGUGGGAACUCCCUUCCCCGUACAGAAGAGAAACAUUCUCACAGCGACAGAGACGGCCAGGAAGUGGGGGGCGGGGAUCUGAACCCAGGUGGCACUCACCCCUUGCGCACACCUGACAGAAGAGUGAAUCCUGCCCUGCCCCUGCCCCUGACCUGCCCCUGCCACCGCCUUGCCCCGGCCACCGCCCUGCCCCGGCCACCGUCUUUCCUGACCCCGGUCAGGUCAAUAAAGAGCAAGCUUU